AUGAGCAAUAUAGCAGAUACAACACGAUCACGCACAACCAAUCCAAGUUUAUUGUCAAUCGAUAACACGAAUACAGAUCCUAAUGAAGACAAUGCAUACAGUAAUGAUAAUGUUAAUGAUUCACAACAUCAAGAUUAUUUAGGUCGGGUUGAUACGGAACAGAAUGUUGACGAAGAAUUCAUAUCGACCUAUAUUAAGGUAAUAACAUCAACCACACAGGAUCAUACAGCGUCAUUACCCAAUAUUCCACUCAAUGUAGCAACACAAGUACAUAUUCAAAAUUUGCUAGAUAGUAUUGUCAAUUUUAAUGGCACAAAUGAAGAUAUUCGAGCAUGGAUACAACGUAUUGAAUUAUUAUUUGAUUUAGCUGAUUAUACGAAAUUCAAAUGGAUAAAAUUAACAGCAUUACAUCUUACGGACGAUGCAUUAUUUUAG